GUGUCUUUUGCUUUACUGGCGAUUUACACUUGAGUGGAAGCGAGGUUUGGAUGAAGCAUUAAUAAAAAUUGAGUAGGAGUACUUUACUUGCUACCCAGUUCUGUUGCCUGUAUUUAUAUUUCAAGCAAAUUUUUAUUAAGAGUCAUUCCAUAAAUUUUUUGUGCGUUUCUUCACACUAAAUGAAUUUAUAGAUGAAAUAAUAGGGAUUUUUUUUUUCAUUUUCAUGACAUUAUUUAGCAUUUAAAAAUGAGUACCUACUACCUACCUGAUGGAAUUUUUCAUUUUCUGCUCAAAAACUCGCUUAAUACACACGCCGGCGCGGUGUUUCAAAAAUCGAAUUAGGUGCAUGUCAAUUGUCAUGAGAGAAAAGUAACGAGAGAUUGUCAAAGAUGCGAAAAUAACCGUUUUUGCUCAAGGUAUCUACUAAACAAAUUCACGAAACCAAGGUCAUUUUCGGAUCCUGCGCAUUUUUUAAAGUAAAGUAGGUACUUAGCGACCUCGAAUUAGUGAGUAGAUCUGUUUCGCAUUUACUUUCUGAUUAUAUUAUUCAAUCUUAUUCGGCCAAAGAUUAAUGAAUUUUGAUUUUUUCAAAAUUCUGCUGGUGGAAUCGAUGAAACUAUGAUGACCAGAGUUGUUCAGCAAGUCGAGUAUUAGUGGAGCAAAUUAAUUUUGAAUGUGAACUACCUACUUCUAGCUUAAUAGGUAACUUGUGUGGAAACUGGCGAUUUACAUUAGCGGUCCAUAUCAAAGAGGUAUAACGUCAAUGGGAAGAUAGGUGAUCGAUUGACAUGUGAAAAACCAAUAGCUCGUAGUUGACCAUUUUCUUAAAGCCAAAAAUUCUUUUGAAAAAAAUUAAAAUUCAUCAAUUUUGGGGGAAAACUGCAAUUAAGAUAGGUAACUGAAAAUAUAUAUUCUUCCCAUACUAAUUCGAGGCUAUUGAACUCGAAUUUGAAGACAAUUUUAUUUCAAAUAGGAAUUUAACACCGCCAUGAUCAAGUUGACGCCAAGAACUGCCUCUCACCUACAUUUAUUUUUUGUUGUCUAUUUUGUACAACACUUCAGCGAUGUAAUAAGCCACAACUUUAUUUUUAACUGCCUAAAUUAAUUUCCAAUCAGUGCAUAAAAUAACAUGUAAACUAACUACGAUUAUGCCGCCAAAAUUUCAUUCGACAAUUCGGCAAAUUGGUACUGGGUAAAACCGUAAAAUUCGGAAAAAUUUCGGAUAAGAGCCUGAGAUAAAGGAAAAACAUUUAUUUUUUACUUCUUGAAACACAAAUUUUCAAAGACUUUUGUCCUCGCUUCGCUCGGGUUUGUAUUCUUUUCUUUUUCAAGAUCAAGAUGGAAAUUUCCAACAAAAAAAAUCAAGUUUAAAAAUACACUUUUCAUCUUACAUAAAAAAAAAAAUCGUUCUUAUACCCUCGAAAUACAUACAAAUCGCUUGGGCUUGUUCUGUUCUGUUUUCGCGCGUGAAGGGUGCAUGUAAUUAAUUCCAGAACAACGGGACACAUUUAUACGAUCAUCGAAUCGUAUUGUUCCUGUUGAAGAUGGACAAAAAUGAAGCGAAACAACAGACCAUUCCUGUUUGGGUAAGGUCAAGAAGUUAAAUCUUUUUUUUUUCAAGGAAGGGCGGAGGUGUGAACAGUAAUUUCAAAUGGUUUUAAAAGAAAAACAUGUGUUUACGCUUGGUGUAAUUCUUUAUAAAUCGUUAGGUCAUUUUAAGGCAGCAAGCAGGCAAUGGCAUUGGUGACCACGUCAUUCAGUUAGGGUAAUAAAUUUUAUUUUAUUACCCUAAGCGAGCGUGAUCUGUAACAAGUGUUCUAUUUAAGAACAAAUAAGGGUUCGUCUACUAUACUCGACACCAAUUCACACAACCAUACCAUUCAUAAAAUGAUGUUGCUUGAUGUUGUCUUAAGGCUACAGCAUUUCGAGUUGUUAUAUUUGUCACGUACCAUACUGCUAUUUACCAUGUUUAACGUCAAAUUUUAUAGGCGCUACAAUUCGUAGAAAGAUCAGUCUCCUCCCUGCCCAUUGAUCCAUGAAAAAUAGAUCAAUAGCAUGCCGCCAAUGCCGCCAGUCGUGAGUAAUAGUACUUAUGACCAGUGGCAAUAAGCGUGAAAAAGUUGGCAUGUAAGCAACAGAAGUACAGUAUCAAUAAUUGCAAAAUUGAAAGUACCUAACUGUUAUUUUAUUUGAAAAAAUUUCCCCUAAAAAUAUGAUACCCAUAAUACUUUGAUUAAUACUUGUAACAAUUAUAAUUCAAACAACAUUUCAGCUUCUGGGGUGGUAAUAAUCAGAAUAAGCUGAAAAAUAAGAUACGAAAGGAUCAAUACAUCGCUGGUAGGUACAGGUAGGUACUAGGUACCUUACUUUUUACAAAAUGAUAUUUUUGGAGGUGAUUACGUAGUGUAUUUUUAAUUAAACUUGGUAAUGGGGGUGUUGUCGCGUUGGAUUUAUAUUUGGCAUGAAGUGGGCUUUAAAUUCGAGUUCACCAAUUUAAAAUUUGUGCAUGGGUAUGGGUAAACCAACAUAAAACAUAACUGAGAAAAAAUAUGGUGAAUGGGAAUGAUGGGAACAGCUUUCAUUCGUGAAUGAAACGGACUGCCAAAACUUCGUGAAUUUUUUUUACUAAAUGAAAGAUACACACCAACCUACUUUGAAAAAAAAAGAAAUAAUACUGCCAAGGAAUUUGCGUAAUAGCAAUACAAUAAGACGUCUAAUUUUUUACAAAGGUCCUUUUUUUCAAAGGCUAUUCUCCAAACGGCAAACUUGUAAUAAUAAUUUACUUAAGUGAUCUUUGUCGGCUAAAUUCAGACAGGAAAUACUAAGUACCUAUCUAUUGUAUGUAGUAAAUUAUAACGCUAAAAUUCUGUUAAGUGACGACCCUCCUACUAACAAUAAAAAACUAUUAUUGUCGUUUGGUUAUUUUUGUUUUCAUUCUCUGUUUUUUUCCCUCGAUAAGUAAUGGCUGUAAAAGUAAACACUGUUAGACGCUCUAUCUUGGUUGAGAGAAAGCAGGUUCACCAAUUCCUAGAACGGAGUUCGAUGAAACUUUUCAAUAAAAAAGCAAAAAACACAUUGUACUAAUGUAUACAUUCAAUACGUGCUGUUUCUUAGUUUACAUUUUUGGAUAUCCACUAGUCCACUACCCAUCAUAAAUAACUGUCGUUCCUUUUUUUAAAAGGGGAAAAAAGAUACCAACAAAUAAUAGGAACCAGAGUAAUAGCCCAUUAGAUAUUGUACUCCUACAAACAGUAUUAGGUACCUCUACCUACCUACCUACCUACCUACCUACCUACCUACCUACGUGCGUGUCCAAUACUUGAUAUUGAUCUUGCGCAAAUAAUCACCAUUCAUGAGAAUAUACACGAAAAGUAUGUAGUUUACUUCAUUAGAAGAAUUAAUUGCUGCCAAAAUUAUUAAUACUAGUAUUUCGUGAAACAUUUAGGCGACCGAAAAAAUGAAUCAAGUAUUUCUUAUCAAAAUAUACUUUCGCCGAAAAAAAAAUUAUAGUCUUUGAUUUUACUGAAAUUGAAGUGCCAAUGUUAGAGAUUUUGAAUUGCCAAUGUUGUAGAUUUUGAAUUGAAAUGACCCCGAAAAAUUUCUAGCUUCCCAAGUGCCCUUGCGGUGGAACAAUGACCUCCUAAAGUGAGGUAAUUUUGAGUGAAAACAAAGUUUUUUGUAGGUAUUUAAAAGCACCAGUCCGCAUUUUUUUCGAAAACGGGUAGCAUUCAAAAGAUGCGAUUUGAGAUGACGAAUCGAAUAGCGUACUUGGUUUUUUGAUUUGACCACCGCUAACCCUCACAACAAGCGCUUGAACAGUCGGGAAUCUGCAUUUUUCUGCUAUUUUAAUUUUAAAACACAGUCAAUGUAGACGUCGAACACGAUUUUAUGACUGAUUAUUAUAUUACAUUUCACAUUGAAACAAGUAAAUUUAGCCCGUGUUCAAAUUUCUACCCCUCCCCCUUUUCUGAGGGCGCAUCACCACACUGAAAACUCCUCUACCCCCUUCCUUAAAUAUUGUUCUUACCAAAAAAUCAUGGAAUAAAAAUUGUUCCUUGAAAAAUUUCCUAAUACAUUUUGGUUUUUCCAAAAAUUGCAUUUGGCGCCACCAUUGAGCCCCAAAUUCCCAAAAACCAUUUCCAAAAUAACACAAAAUUGCUUGUUUAACGUUUAGCGAAAAAUUUGUAAUCAUGAAACCUGCUCAAAACUAACAAGGCAGGUACCCCGGGUUACAUUCGCCGAUUUCAACGAUUCUUGCACCAUUGCAUAGAGGUCAUCGAAUGUAUGUAGCUUAACCUCAAAUUUUCAGCUGCUGAAGUUGAUAUUUCGAUUUUUCAGAGCGAUUUUCUGAUUUUCACAUAGGUAGGUAGUAAUUUUGAAGAACUGUACCUACCAUAAGCAAAAAUACUCAGUGCAGGUCGCAUACCUAAACCUCUGAUAUUAUUUGGGCAUUAUUAAAACGUAUACUGCAAGACUGGCCCAUGCUGAAAUUUUCAGCAGCUGAAGUUGAUAUUUCAGCCAUCCAGGGCUAUUUUUCGAUUUUCACACUGCAAUUUUGAAAAUUGGUCAAAAGUAUUCGGCACAGGUCGCAUAUCUAACUUCAGCAUCUGAAAAUUUUGGGCUAUGCUAUAUUCGAUGUGCUUUAUCCAAUGUUACGAGAAUUGUUGAAAUCGGUGAAAGUCACCUGAGGCACCUCCUUGUAAAGGUAAGUUUUAUUUUCUCGAAACUCGAAGUAGGUACAUAAAUUACAGUAUCAUCACUUUCAAUUUAAACUGUUUACAAAAUAGAUAAAUAGGUAUUCGUAUAGCUAAAAGUUAGGCAGGUACCUGAAUUAUAAUUUAUACGAACGAUUUACGUAAAAUUAAAUAACGGUCUACAAAUGUUUUUCCAAUGAAAAAUUUUUAAACCAGCAUUUCGAACUGAUCAGUAAGAACCUUUCUUGAAAUUUUACACUGAUAACUUUAAUUUAGCGGGUAUUUUUCUUACUAUAUUCUCUCAUAAAAGUUUCAUGUUUCAAAAUACUUAUUAAAAAAAAAUUUUUUUGGUGAUUUCAACUCAAAAUCUCCAACAUUCUUCAAUUUUGUUGAAAUUGAAGAUAGUUAGAUAUGUUUUUUUUACACGGAUUCUCGAAAAUUUGGUAUUUGGACGUUUUUUGAAUCUCUUUUUUAAACACUUUCUAGAUCCCCACCACAAACUUUCAAAACAUUAGAAGUCUUCUCUCUUCAAUUAAAAUCCAAAAUCCAUUUUCAAAAGUUACCAUGGAUGCUAGCAGAUUCUCGUGGAUUUUAAAUUUGCCAAAAUCCGUGUAAAAAAAAAACAAUUCUUAUAUGAAUUUUUUCCGAUCAACUCUAUUACCUAGGUACUCGUAAUUCACUUCAUACCUUCUCGUACAUGCAUUAUGUGCAUUAUCCAACUUUGAUGCAUGAUGCUAUAAGAGUUCAAUUUCCUAUCAAAUGUUUCCAAACAAAUCUCACUUUUUUGUGCGUGUGAAAUUGAUAUUAUAUUGGAAUAAACCUUUCAAAGCCAUUUUAAUGGAGUGAAAAUGUAAGUUCUAGAGCUUAGAUCUAUGUAUCUAGGUACCUGCCUACUGUAAACUGGUUUUAAAACAUUUGCAAAGGAGGGUAGAAAUGGUGGGUGAUGUCAUGUCAAUCCAUUGAUUGUUGACUUAGUUUUCGUCUGAAAGAACUUCAACUCGUAGUAUCUUUUUAAGCAAUUUGUGGAUGUGCGUGAUUGUUUUUUAAAUUAUAAACAUUUGUUUUAAAAAUGGAUUUAGUACGAAGUAUAGUGUCAAAACGUGAGGGGACAUGGUAUUUUUCAGGGGACGGGUAUUACUACUGGAAAAAUAGACCCAAAGGAAACACUUUGUAUUUAGAUUGUAUCAGGAAAAACCAUGGUUGUCACGCUACUGGCAGAACAUCACUGCUGAUGAACGGGCCUUUAAUUCAUAGCUAUAAUACAGGUGGAACACAACAUAAUCAUGAACCUAACGAAAAAUUGCACCAAGUGCAAACGUUUCAGCGAACAUUGCUGCAGAGAAGCGAGAAUGAACGUACCACCCCACUGAAGAGAAUAUUUUAUGAUGAAUGCAGCCACAUUGAUACAGAUACCAUUUCCUAUGCUCCAUACACUAAGGUGUUCAAAGGAAUGCAGGGAACAAGAGCAAAAACAUUUCCUCCAUGUCCUGAUGAUCUUAUUGAGCUCGCGGCACUGCUACAAUUUGAUGAUGAUUUGGGAAAAACGAUUGAGGGGAACAAUUUUUAUCUGGACAUACUUGAAGACAAAGUUCUUCUUCUUUUAUCACCUGAUACGAAGGACUUGCUAAACAACGAAGAGGCAAUUUUAACAAUGGAUGGCACGUUUAAAAGUACGCCAAAAAAGCCGAAAAUUUUCCAGCUUUUUACAAUAGGAGCCAUUUAUCGUCAGUCGUUCUUCAUCAUUGCGUUUGCCUUGAUGACAAAUAAGGCGGCAGAAUCAUACACGUGGAUCUUUGAACGUUUACAGCAGGAAGUUCCAUUAUGGAAUCCCACACAUAUGAUCAGCGAUUUUGAGACAGGUUCAUAUGCUGCAUUUCAUGCAUUAUUUCAUAAUGCGAGAUCCCAGGGCUGCUGGUUUCAUUACUCGCAGGCCAUAGAAAAGCGCGUAAAAUCUCAGGGCUUGGCCAUCUUAACUAGGGAGAAUGUGGAUGUCAGAACAGUCAUUAAAAUGAUAAUGGCACUUCCAUUAUUGAAUCCUGAAGAAAUCCUCGCAGGUUUUGAUACAAUUAGGUGGCAUGUACAAGACGUGAUGCAGAUGCAUUUCCCCGCACUAACGGAACUUAUCAAUUAUGUUGAGAAUUACUGGAUAAAUACGAUUACUCCCGAACGUAUAUCCGUGGCGAAUAGCAGUUCACGUACUAAUAAUGCCCAAGAGGCAUUUCAUAACCAAAUUCUGAUGUAUACUGAAGGGCCACAUCCAAAUGCAACUGUUUUUAUCGAUGCUUUAAGAAAAAUGCAACAUGUGCAUGCUGCUCAUUUCAAGUAUGUACACAGAACUGGAAAUCCUGUGGUGUUUCCUGUAGCCAGAAAGUGGCGACAACACCAUCAGCGGAUUCAAAAUUCGAUCGCUACAUAUCAAGAAAAUGGCGACCUCUAUGCUCAUCUUAGGAGAUUAGCACACAGUGCUGAUUUUCAUUUAAUGGAACAUCUAAUGGCGCAAAUGGCCAAUGAUGAAGAAAAUGUUGAUGGUGAUCUUCAAGAGCUGAUUGUAAUUAUUGGCCCAGCUCCAGAAUUGGAGAAUGAAAAUAAUCAAGAUGAAUAAUUGUACUUAAUUUUAAGUAUUUCCUUUAUUUUCCAUUUCUUAAGUUGGUAAGUAUCGUUAUUACGGGGGGGGGGGGGGGGUAUGCUUAAUGAACAACUGUAGUCCCAAAGUUGAGAAAAAACAUUUCAUUAAAUUUUUUUAAUGUAAUUUUUACGAGGACAUUUAAUUUUUUUAAAGUAAAUUUUAUGAGAAUACCAACGAAAUUAAAGGGUAUCUACCCCUCAUUCAGAUAGGCAAAUGACCUCAACAUAAAACUAACAGGGUAUGUUUAGAACCCCAAAAAAAUAAUUUUGGCCCAAUAGCCCACCCCCAUCCCACCGAAUGAUAUAAAUUUAAAUAAAAAUUCAAUAAAUGCUAUUUUCAGGGUAAAAAUUCUGCAUCAGUGCGGGUUUGAGAUAAUUUUUCUCUGUGAACGAGUAUAGCUAGAGGAUACAUGGGGUACCUUUCUGAAUUUUUUCAGAAUUUUUCAUCGUAUGGGUGGCGCGGGUGGGAGGAGAAAGGGAAAUAAGAGAAAACUUCAAAUCGACAUUACUCCGGCACAAAAAAAAAGAUCAAAAUCAAAACAAUUUUUUCAUCAAAUAUGUAUCUUUAGGUCUUCAUUUCUAUAGAAAUCAUCGCCAGGCCAUUUGCAGUGGUGGUCAAGCUCAAAAGCUUAAAAAAACACGUUUUCUACGUUAUUUUUCAAAAUUAUGGAGAAAUGGCGGAAAUCAAAGAGAACUAAAAUUGUUCAGCGUGAAAUUUUACCUCAUAAUGUGUAAUUAAAAAUUAAUUUAUACCACACGAUCAUAAAACUACGCGAGCAGAAGUAUUUUUGCUUAUAUCAAUAUAUUUUCUUUUCAAUUUUUUGUGUUUAGUUUUAUAUUUGCAUUUUUUCUUGUUUUCGGUUUUGGUUUUCCAUUUUGUUUCCCUAUGUUCAAUUUUUUUUGUUGAAUUUUUAUUUUCAUUUCAAGAUGGUGACUGGUGAGGACAUUUUUUUGAGGUUUCAUCGGGAAGUUGGUUAAUUUUCAAUGUUUAUAUUUUUUGUUUUUGUUGUUAUCUAGUAAUUUGCGCUUACGUAGUUAUGGGGUUUUCAUCUCAUUUUCAAUAGUUUUAUAUUUGAAUUUCUUUUUGUUUUGAUUUUCGGUUCAAUUUUUGUUUUGUUGAUGUUUUUUAAUUUUCUAUUUGUUUUUGCUUCUAUUAUUAUUUUUUCAAUUUCUUGUUUUUCAAUAUUUUUUUGUUUUUUAUUUUUCCUUAAAUUUUAGGAAUUCCCAUAAUUUUAUGUUUCAAUUUUUAUUGUAAUUUUUUUGCUCAUUUUUCUACUUAUUGAUCAUACAUUUAUUUUUUAUUCGCUUUUUAUUGUCCUUUUUAUUGUCCUUUUUAUGGCGAGGGGGGGCGUUAAUUGUUUUCUCAAUUAUUAUUUUGGUUAUAAAAUCUUAAUUUUCUCUAAUUUGUUUCUUUUUCUUCAUAACUACUUUCAGUACUUUCAAACAUUUUUAAUCACUUGAUUGCUUAUUUUCUAUUUAUAAAUUACGUACAAUUUCCCCGCUCCUUCAAAAUAGGUAAUUACCCAAUUCAUUAUUUUAUUUAUUUUGUCAUUUUUGUCUAUUUCGUUUUCUUCCAUUAUCAUCUUCAAUAUUUUAGAAUAAUUUUUUUAUCAAUUUUUUCGUUGUUUGUUUUUUAUUUUUCAUUCAAUGUAAUUUUCACUUUCAUUAUAAACUUACUAUAGUUUUCUGCUUCAAUAAAAUUAUAUUUCAAUUU